AUGGAUGCUUCGGGCGGUCUCCCUCCUCCUGUGGUUGGAAAUGGUGAUACGGCUAAUUCAGAACAACUACAAAAACUUCUGAUUGAUGAAAAGAUGCGAUCUGAACACCAUAGAGUAAAUUAUCGGAUUCUAAAGGCAGAACAUCAAAGAUUACAAGAGGAAUAUACAAAAUCACAAGAUGAAUUGAAGCAAUUGUUAGCUGAAAAGCAGACUGUACAUGAAAAAAUUCAGUUACUUCUUGCUGAAUAUCAAGAGGAGUUGCUGGGUAAAACACAAGAGCUGGAAAAACUGAAGAUGCAAGUGCUAACUCCUCAAAAAUUAGAACUGUUAAAAGCUGAAUUGGAAUCUCCUAUGACAGAACGUUAUCAGAAGCUAGAAAAUGAAGUGGAAAAAUACAGAACAGAAUAUAACAAACUUCGUUAUGAACAUACUUUUCUGAAAUCAGAAUUUGAACAUCAAAAGGAAGAACAUGCACGCAUUCUAGAAGAGAAGAAAAUAAAAUAUGAGGCUGAGAUUGCAAGGCUGGAUAAAGAUAAAGAAGAACUCCAUAAUCAGCUGCUUAGUGUUGAUCCCACGAGGGACAGUAAACGCGUGGAGGCACUCCUUAGAGAAAAGGCACAACUGUAUCAGAAAUUAAAAGGCUUGGAAGCAGAAGUAGCAGAACUAAGAGCAGAAAGAGACGAUUGUGGUGUGCAAGCAGAAAAUGUUCAAAGAGUACAAGUACGACAAUUAGCUGAGAUGCAGGCUCUGACACGGUCUCUAGAGGCAGAAAAGAAGUCUGCUGAACUACAGGUAGAUCGAAUUGAGAAAGAAGUGCGGAUGAGUCAUGAGCAAAACAUUCUCUUAACUGGCAAACUUCACAAAGCUGAACGAGAAGUCAGUUCGUUAGCUGCUAAGGUAGAAGAACUUAAGCAUUCACAUAAAUUGGAAGUAACAAAUAUCAAGCUGGAGGCAGCAAGAACAAAGAGUGAGGUAGAAAGAGAGAGAAACAAGAUUCAGAGUGAAAUGGAUGGAUUGCUGUCAGACAAGGAAAUUCUUAAGGCAGCUGUUGAACGUCAUAAGGUGCUUUUAGUAGAGAAGGAUCGGGAGCUAAUUCGUAAAGUACAAGCUGCCAAAGAGGAAGUUUUUGAAAAAAUUGCAGCCUUACAGGAUGAAAAGUUGGAGCUCGAGAACAGAUUAGCCGAUCUAGAGAAGAAGAAACUGGAAGAAGACACUUGGAGACAAUCUGAAAAGGAUCAGUAUGAAGAGAAGCUACGGGUCGCGCAGCUGGCAGAAGAGUCUAGCAAAAAGAAACUUCAGCAUUUGCGAUUAAAAAUUCAACAGCAAACUAUUCAGACAGAGGAGUUGGAAGAAAAGAGACAAGAAAGUGCUGAUAUGAAACAGCAAAUUCACAACAUGCAGCUCCAGCUUGCCUCACUUGCUCUAUCAGAAAGUGAUUUGCUGGAGUCCAAUCAGAAGCUGAAGGAAGUAAUAGAGAGAUUGAAACACGAAUGUCAACAUGCAAUGGCUCAGGCAGAAAAAGCUCAACUGGAAUCAGAGAAGACUUUAGAAUACAAACGUAUAGAAUGGCUGGAGGAGAGGCAGGUGCUUGCUCAGCGCAUCACAGAGACAGAAGAGAAAUACAACGAAAUGAAGAACAAGCUACGUCGAGCUGCUGUUGCUCAGAAAAAGAGAAAGACUCUCAAUGAUAAUAAACAAAGGAGGAUGCGAGAGAAACUAGAACUUUUGGAAGCCAAGAUAGAAGAACUAGAGACAGAAAAUCAGGUGUUAAAUAGGCAGCAUGUUUCCUACGAAGAACACACACGCCUCCAGAAGAGACUAAAGGACUUGCAACGUAGGCACAACGAAUUCCGGAGUUUAAUUCUGAAUCCUAACAUACCGCCGCUCUAUCCAGUCGGCACGAUGUCAUCGUCUGCCUUGCCUCUGGGGCCUGCAGUGUCCUUCCCCCUUCUUCAGGAGGAACAGCAUCAAAGAGAGCUUUCCCUGCUUCGCAAGCGAUUGGAAGAACUAGAAACCACACAGAGGAAGCAGCUGCAAGAUCUUGGACCAUCUAGAGAGCGGCCUUGCUUCUGCUUCUGCCUGAAGCGUGGCUGGCAUCCGCCGGAGCUGGCCGGCCACGUGCCGUGGGAUUGGGCCUGCGCCCAGCUUCUGACACCAUUUGCAACCAAACCAGCCAAACCAGCUCACGCGAGCUCUCCUGUUCCACGGUCUCUGGCCUCUCCUGUGGCCACAGCAGCAGUAAAUGGUUUUGAGUGCUCCUCGGCCCAGGAGCCCUGUGGAGGCGUCACCCGUCGGCCCCAGCCCAGGAUUUCUACACCACACCUGGGCCGCUUCUGCCGUUCACAGCCCAGGGCACCCAAGGCAGAGGAUGGCUCUUCCCACUCCCGUGGGCCACUGUGCGAUGUCCAUCACCUCCAGGGGUGGACCCCUUUGGAUACACGUGGAAACGUAGCUCUGUCUUACCAACGCCUUGCCUCAAACCUGCGGGCAGGCAGCAGCCUCAGCAAGUGCCUCUGCGCGACUGCAGCAGCAGCCACGGUGACAAAAUGUCUUAGUUCUGUACUGGAGGGUGGGACUGAGCUGGCAGAGCCAGAGCCACAGCUGCUCCUCCAUGGUUUUGCACAGUAG